GCUAAAAUGCAGACUCAGCUUGUUGGUGUGUUUUUAGGAAUCGUUGGCUUCCUUGGCACCAUCCUCAUCUGUGCUCUCCCUGCGUGGAAGGUGACAGCCUUCAUUGGGGCAAACAUCGUCACGGCCCAGGUCUUCUGGGAAGGUUUAUGGAUGAACUGUGUGAUCCAGAGCACGGGUCAAUCGCAGUGUAAAGCCUACGACUCCAUUCUGGCUUUACCACAGGAGCUGCAGGCUUCCCGGGCUCUGAUCUGCGUCUCCAUCGGUGUCUGCUGCGUGGCCAUCGGGCUCACUGUGGUCGGGGCCCGCUGCACCAACUUCUUUCGUGAUGACUGGCGGUACAAAGGUCAAAUUGGGGUGGCUGGAGGUGUGGUCUUCAUAUUGGCGGGGCUCUUGUGUCUUAUUCCGGUCAGCUGGUCGGCUCACAGCAUCAUCACUGGUUUCUUUAACCCUUUGGCCUCUGAGGGGAGGAGGGGAGAGCUUGGAGCUUCUAUAUACGUGGGCUGGGUGUCUGGAGCUUUGCUCGUCAUUGGAGGAGUGGUUUUGUGCACCACUUACAGAUGCUGAGGACGAGGAGCAAGA